AUGAAGCUUAUUACGGGUAUUAAGGUUUCUACCGCUAGUCCUGCUAUUACUCAUCUUUUAUUUGCGGAUGACAGUUUGUUCUUUUGUCGAACAACAAAGGAGCAGUGUGAGGUUGUGCUUCAGAUUCUCAAGAAGUAUGAGCGGGCUUUAGGUCAGCAAAUAAAUUUUCAGAAAUCAUCAGUCCAAUUUGGACAUACUGUGGACCAUGGUCUCCGUGAGGAGUUAAAAGGGGUCUUAGGGAUCACAAAUAUAGGUGGUAUGGGUUCUUAUUUGGGAAUUCCGGAAAGCCUAGGUGGAGCUAAAACGCAAAUCUUUUCUUAUGUUCAGGAUCGGUUACAAUCACGGGCUAGUGGUUGGCCAGCUCGCCUCCUUUCAAUAGGAGGAAAGGAGGUAAUGAUUAAGUCGGUAGCAACAGCAGUUCCUACCUUUGUGAUGUCGUGCUUUUGGUUGCCCAAGACAGUUACGCGGAAAUUAACUAGUGCUAUUUCCAAGUAUUGGUAG